GUGGAUUUUUUUUUGAAUCAAAAUUUGUGUAAAAUUGUUAAUUAAUAAAAAGUCUGAUUUGUAAAGAAGGUAUAAUGUUGGACGUUUCUGCAAGCACUGUUAAAACUGAAGAAGCAGAUCAUGAAAGUUCUGGAAGUGAAAAUUCGUCCUAUUCAGAAACCAAUUUUGAAGAAAAAUUGGAAGAACUGGAGACAAAGGUCAUGAGACUUAUCGAAUUUGUUAUAAAUGACAUAAAUCAGUUAAAAAAAACAUCCAGAAAGAAGCUAGUAAAGCGUCAAGAAUCUGACAAAGAAAACAUUGAACAAGACAGAUGGAAGUGUAGAAUUUAUGUGGGAAACAUACAUCCUCUUACUUCAAUAGAAACGCUUCGUGAUUACUUCUCAAAGUGCUGUGGAGAAGUUGUUAAUGCUUAUUUCUUCAGGACCUUCCCAACUUGUCAAAAUGCGUUUGUCGAGUUUAAGAGUCCGUUAUUUGUUGAAAAAGCACUUAAACAACAGCAUUGUCUUAGCAAAAGAGGCUUGACUGUUGGACCAGCCAAACGUCGAAAUGAUAAUUCAUUAAAGGAACUUCAAAGCUUUAAGGCAAAGAACACAGAUUUCAAGGUCUUGCGUUAUCGUCCAUAUUAAGGCAUAUGUUAUUGUUGAAAUAAUUUUUUGAAAGUUAUUCGAUUACUUCUCAGACUUCUCCAAAUUCGUUAAUAUUUAAUGUUAAGGUCAUAAGUGCUAUGCACUUUAAUUCCGACAAAUUCUCUCUCUUUAUAUUAUAUAAGAAAAAUUCAUUAACUCGCCAAUAAAGUAUCCUAAUAUUCCCAU